CGAUUAUCAACAUUUAAUCAUGGUGGGGACCGCACAGUUCUAGUUGUGUCAGCCGUUCAGCGGAAUGACACUUUUAGUCUGUAAAACGUCAUUUUUAAAUAGGGUAAUUGAAUGACAGCUGUGGCCCGCCACACAGUUAAUAUGGAUCGUUCUUUUAGACUGGGCCCGAGGAAGUUGAUACCCUGGAUAGUACUUAUUACGUUGGAUUUAUUAUGCGAUGUUUCAGAUGGUGCUUCCCAAGCAGAAAUCAAUAAGCACCUCGAGAUAGGUAGGAAAUUUUUGUCCAGUGGGCAGUACCAGGACGCUUUAACCCAUUACCAUGCUGCUAUUGAAGGGGAUAAUUCGAAUGCAGUAUCUUAUUUCUCAAGAGGAACUGUGUACCUUGCACUUGGCAAGGCCAAUUUGGCUCUUGCCGACUUUGAUAAAGUUUUGGAGCUGAAACCUGACUUUGCGGCUGCUCGAGUUCAACGGAGUCAUAUUCUUGUCAAACAAGCAAGACUGGAUGAGGCAGCAGAGGAACUUGACAGAGUUUUUGCAUGGGAACCCCACAACCCAGAUGCAGCUCAUUUCAGAAGCCUGAUUGACCCAGCCAGACAUGAUAUUGCUUUAGCUGAGGCAUUCAUGAGAGGAAGGGACUAUCCUGCAGCUGUAGAACUGAUAACUAAAAUUCUUGAGAUCUGUCCUUGGUCAUCAAUGUUACGAGAAUUGCGUGCGGAAGCUCAUACUGCCUUAGGUGACAGUAUGGCUGCUAUUUCCGAUAUUAGAUCUACUACUCGACUACUCUCCGACAAUACUGCUGGUUUUUUCAAGCUGUCUUUACUCUAUUAUAAACUUGGACAAGCUCCUGAAUCGUUAAAAGAAAUUCGGGAAUGUUUAAAAUUGGAUCCUGAACACAAGGAUUGCUUCCCUCACUACAAGAAAGUGAAAAAAGUAGAGAAACAGUUAAAUGAUGCUCAAGAAGCACUUCAAGCAAAUGAUUACAAGAGAUGUAUUGAUAUGUCCAAAAAGGUUUUGGUGUCAGAACCAAAUGUGGCUAACAUCCGCUUCCAAGCUCAUGAUAAAUUGUGCCAGUGCUAUCACAAAGAUGACCAAAUCACAGAGAGCUUACAAAGCUGUCAAGAUGCUUUGGAUAUUCAUAUGGACGCGAGAAUAUUGUGUGAUAGAGCUGAAGUUUACAUAGCAAGUAGUAUGUUUGAUGAUGCUGUUAGAGAUUAUCACAAAGCCUUGGACAUUGAAGAAGACUAUCAGCGUGCCAAGGAGGGAAUUCAAAGAGCCCAAAAGCUACAAAAGCAGGCAGAGCGUAGAGAUUAUUACAAGAUACUUGGAGUAUCUCGAAAUGCAGGAAAACAGGAAAUUAUAAAGGCUUACAGAAAAGCGGCACAAAAAUGGCACCCCGACAACUUCCAACAAAAUGAGAGUGAGAAGAAAAUAGCAGAGAAAAAGUUUAUUGACAUAGCAGCAGCUAAGGAAGUCUUAACUGAUCCAGAAAAAAGGCAAAAGUAUGACAAUGGAGAAGACCCUCUUGACCCUGAGUCCGGACAGCAUAAUGGUUUCAACCCCUUCCAACAGUUCCACCAAUUUCAUCAUGGUAGUCCUUUCCAAUUUAAGUUCCACUUCAACUAAACUCUUGGUGAGAAGUGAAAUCAAGCAUACUUGUGCCACUCUCAAUGGGCCUGCGGAUUUUGUGUUCAGUGCUGACUUUUUGUUAGUCCAAGCUUCAAUUUAUGAUAGAAAAUCUAUUUUCUAUGAGAAUGGUAAGGAUACUUAUUUAUUUGUACUGUUACCUUUCCUAUUUCUCCUCAGCAUUGAACACUUCAUCUGUAACCUUACAACUAGAUUUAUUUCAAGUACCUGGUCGUGGAACAUUUUGUAAAAAAAAGAAUUCUGAAUCAAAUUUUUGAGAUUUAAUUUGAAGUUCUUACUCUUUUCUGAUUGUCUUUUCCUUACAAAAGAAUAGUUGAGAAAGGUACAAGUAAUAAUCACUUUAAUAAGUGGGUCAUAUGUUCUGCAUAUGCCGCAUUGACAUGUUAACUGUGAUUUUUUUUCUAGAUUUGUUGUAAUUUGAAGAAGAGCACCGUUAUAUGAAUUAGCUAAUUUAUUAUUGUUCAAAUAAAUGAGAGAAGGCCUUCCUGUACCAAAGCUGUAUGUGUAGUUCUUACAUGUCUUGUGUCUUAUUCAGGCCUUCCCUCAUCAUUUAUGGUUUUUAUUACACACAUUUUGGCAAUUAACUUUGGAAGCAGAUGGAAAAAACAUAACUAGAGGAGUUCUCAUCAAGGUGAAAUUGGUCCUAUCAUUAGCUUGAUUAACUUCUGCAUUUCAGUCCCCUCUGGUUUAAACUUUGUUCUUAAAAAUUGCUGCAUAUAUGCUUUUAGGAAAACCGUUCCUCAAAAUACACAUCAAGGCUAGAAUUGUAUGUGUUUUAACCUCUGCCUGUUGAAAAUUGGAAUGUUUAUGAUUUUACCUCUUUCUUUUCUUUUCCAUACUCUUGGUUUUAAACUAUGUAAGGGAACCUUGACUAGCAAGUGUUUCAGAUUCCUAUACAUUAUAGUCCAAUGAAGUAUCAAAAACAAAUUUCAGGUGUGCGAGUGUGUGUGUGCCAUUGAGAUGUUCUUAGAAAGGAAUCAUCUAAUCCUAACAUGCAUUAAGAGUGACUUUUGAAUCUAAUUUGUGUGCUCUACAGCUCUGCUGCAUGCAUAUCGUUAUAAAUUUGGAUUCUCAGGAAAAAUAUGUCCUUGCAAAAUUUAUGCAUUUUAUAACAAUUAAAAAAGCGGAGGUGAAGAUUUUUACAUAUUUAUAUAUUCAGGUAUUUAUCUUCCUUGUUAUUUUUUCUCAAAAAUGUAAAGGGAAACAAAUCGAAUUGACUAUUGUGUGACAUUGUAUUUAAAUGACCUGUUUGUGAACGGUGGACAUUCAAAGUGAAACGUUCAUAGUUUAUGUACGAAGAUGAUCUCGAGAUGAUUUGAGAGGUUCUCUCAAUCAUUGUGGGCACAAAGAAAAAUAAAUUUAAAAAUUGUCAACAUUUGUGAUUUUGUACCCAGACUAAAACUUACUUAUAAUGGAUUAGUUUUCCUAGUACGACUUUCACUAUGGAAUACCUAAACUGUGAACUCUGUAAUCUUCCAAGGUUUUGUUUUAAAGAUCUUUUGUUGGUAAAAAAACAUGUGCAUGUGAAUUAUGCAUACAUGUAAGUGUGCCGAAUGAUUACAUUGUACGUGUUCUGAACAUUUUGGCUUUUUGCUUUUUAAGUAAAGACUGACGUUACAUUACGA